CUGAGUCAAACUACACCAGUACAUACAACUUGAGAAUAAUUUAUUUUCACUAUCAACAUAACAAGACAUAUUUUAGUUAAUAUUCUGUAGAGGUUAGUAGUUGUGCUACAUACACAAUCACAGCACUAGUACUUUAUAGAGUUUUCACGGCGCCCAACUAGACCACAUUUUACAUUAUAGAUAUUGGCAUUUUAGGAAAUAUACUCCAUAGAGUAAUUCUGAAAAUACUUAUAGGAUUUUUGAUCACCCAACGGUGGCACACCCUUUUGAAAUUUUGGUCGCUCAUCCUUGGAGCUGUCUGAAAAAUAACAGAAGAAAAGGGAAAAUUCUGAAAACACUUCAAGGUUGAUAUGAAGGUGGGAAAUGAUGAAGGGAAUGUCGUUAGUAAUGGGCAGAGGACACAGUGGAAAUGGAGUGAGAGGAUCAAGUAAUAUGUAAUAAGAUAUAGCAAAUAACAAUAAGUACAAUGUGUUGAGUGAAUUAUUAUUAAACAAAACAAAGAGGAACAGAGCUUGGCGCAGUCGGCAGGAUCCGAAGGGUAGAAAAAUAAUGACAAAGGAAUAGCACAUCGCCAUUGCCACGAAAUGGAGUUCAUAACAAGCCAAGUCCGUUGAGCAUGAGUGGGAAUGUGGCACAGAACUUCAAGCUAUUUGAACAGGAGGUUCAAGUGUACUUCUUAGCAAUAGAAACGGACAUAAAGUCGGUUAAAGUUCAAGUUGCCAGACUUAAGAAUCUGAUGGGAACAGAGGCGUUAAAAGUUUACAGUGCAAUGAAACUAACAGAAAACGGCGGGGAAGAAACAGUUGAAAGUAUCUUGGCCAUUGAGUGUAAGGUAAUUGCACCGAUACUCGUCACUGCUCCAAUGGUCGUCACUAACAACUUCAAAUGUAAAUAAUAGAGAAGUAGCUCAAUAUAUUGCCAACUUUAAUAUUGACAAAAAUUUGGUCGACUUUCUAGCUGAAAUUACCACAAUAGUUUUCGGAACGCACCCUAUUUUCAAUCAAAAAAAGUCCAUGCAUCAAAAGUUGGUAGAACAGUGAAGAUAAAUAGGGGAAUUCCUAUACUAAAACACUAAGGAGGUAAGUGCACAUUUUUACUUCUAAUUCUGUAAUUUUUCAUGUUUAUUCGUGAUGUUUUGUGCUGAAUGUGUUGAUUAAAUGUUCUUGAAGAGGUGAAAGUGUUUAUUUAAAAAAAUUUGUUUUCUUUGUAUGAUUUAGUUAGGGUGAUGAAAACUGGAUCAAUAAAAACCUUGUAUUGCCAGUGUUCGUCAUACCUGACGAGCACUGGUACAUUUAAUAUUUUAUUUAAAGUUGAGCUAAGUUAUACCCUAGAGUUCUUAAAUAAUAUUGGUUCUUUGUUGUUGAUAGGCAAAGUACAUUAUUAUGAUCAGAUCCAGUAGUCGUCACCUAUGACGACUUCCGAUGCAUGUGUAUGACGACUUCUGGGUCGGAAAUUACUUUACUUUAUUGAUUGAAGAAAUUGUGUAGGCAUUGUUGUUUACAUUAAUUUAGGGGUCAUUUGAUAUAUAUAUAUAUUGACAUUAAUAAGUAAAUUAAACAUUAUAAUGUGUCCAUUUGAAGCGCCCGCCGCGCUUCUGUGACGUCAUCUCCGUGCCGCAGCCUUCCUUUCCUUCUCCCCUCUUAACCCCUCUCCGCCUCAAGGUGCCAAUUUCCCCUUCCCUUUCUUUCCCCCUAGCCUCUCCUCAAUUGUAGCGACUGCAACGCCAUCUAGCGAAUAGUAUAAAUGAGCGCGUAUAACUUUUAAUUGUCUAUUUCGUGGGUCUCUCUUGGUGGAAGCAGGUCGUCUCUGGCCCGGUCGAGGGGCAGCUCGUCUAGUUUCCUUCAAGCGCGCGCGCCUCCUUUCUACCCCUCCCUUGGGCUGUGCGCGGACAACUCUACGAGAAGCCUGCUACGUCUCUGCUUUGCCGCUGCCCCUCCGCCCCCUACGCCGCCAGCCCUUGACUGCUGCGGGGUGAGGAGACUGUUGGACGGCGUGGAGAUCUGGUGACAGACUCUCCGCUGUUCGGACGCCACCGCCGCCGCGGUUCAGCUCUAGAGGUAUUCUCGGCCCGCCAGAAGACGUCUGCGGGAAGGAUGCUGCAGAGUUCCGAUGUCCGCCACUUAGCGCUGAGUGGCUGAGACGAGGAAAAGCGCCGAGCGCUGCCUGAACCCCUUGCAACCUUGUACCGCCAGAAUAGGUCACCUGAUACGGCGCUUAUCGUUUCUCUCUUUCACUUCAGAAAAAAUGGAGGGGGACCUGUCAGCGACACGUCGGACGCGAGUCGCCUGUAUUCUACUUGUGCAGCACCAAGGAGAUCGCGGUCCCCUGUUGGAGCUGCCACCCGUCGCACCGCUGAAACGAACACGUUGCUGCCCCCUCCAGCGGCACGAUCCGGCUAGUUUCAAGUCAUUUCUACAUCGUCUGAAUCAAGGCGUUCGCAAGAUACAAGAAGUUGGCUCAUGUCACAAACACUGAACUUCAACACGACUUUAAGCUCGGGCUCACAGGGCAGAAGACUUCGUAAGGGGUGGGGGUUGAAGCGCCCGCCGCGCUUCUGUGACGUCAUCUCCGUGCCGCAGCCUUCCUUUCCUUCUCCCCUCUUAACCCCUCUCCGCCUCAAGGUGCCAAUUUCCCCUUCCCUUUCUUUCCCCCUAGCCUCUCCUCAAUUGUAGCGACUGCAACGCCAUCUAGCGAAUAGUAUAAAUGAGCGCGUAUAACUUUUAAUUGUCUAUUUCGUGGGUCUCUCUUGGUGGAAGCAGGUCGUCUCUGGCCCGGUCGAGGGGCAGCUCGUCUAGGUAAAAUUCUUCAGGAGACGGAGUUAGUGUGUGCACACGAUGGCCGUGCGAGUAACGUAAAUAUUAAAUAUGCUUGCCAGCCUUGAUUUUCAUGUAGCCAUCCCUUUUGACUUUGACCUUCACUUAAUUUAUUUUCUGUGUAAUAUUUUCUUUUGUUUCUUCUUUCUGCUGGAAGCAUUUGCUUACUCCCUCCUGCAUGUGGUUUUGAUUUUAGUUGCUGCGCGACUUGCAUUGUCGGCAGUGGACUCUUAACUUAUUUCAACGGCAUCCAGACCACGCUUUGAUUGCUUUUGGUUUAGAAGUAAGCACGUUAAGUGCCCGAUGCCGCCCUUGUAUUUUUUUUUUCAUAAGAGCUUUCAGCUCCGUAUGACGUAAUUUUACGCAUCGUUUUGCCUCGAUUUUGCCCUCUUUCUUUUCCUCCCAGCUGUACCCCCGACCGGAGCCAUUUGGUUAAGGCAUACCCCCCGUGAUCUAGCAUAUUUUGUUUGAGCACUUCUCUGUAUUACGCUUACCUAGCCUUGGCAGUGAAUGUCAUCAUGACGAGACCCACUGAAAAUUGUAGCUGUAACAAACCAUGUAACCGAUCCCUCGCUUCUCUCUUGGGCUUGCAUUUCUGUCCGCGGGACUACGCUCUCUAUGAGUAAUAGAUAUUUAAUAUGUUUUUUUCGAGGAGUGCACAAUUAACGUUAUAUUAGGUGUUGGUUUAUUUUGUAGUACAUAAUUCCUUGCCCCUACACGUGUUUGGACCGCUCAUAUAGUCUGUAUGUAUAUUGAGUCAGUUCCUAAAGUUGUUAACAGCAACGUACGUCUUGUGAAUCACGUGUGUAAUGACAUAAUGUUCACUAUGAUUUUGGUCUUCGCUCGCCUCCGGGCCGUAACGUAAUGCGUACGCACGUAUACUUGAAUAUUGGUUUCUCUCCUCUCUUAUAGUGUGUGGUAACUGAGUCAUAAUUUCGCACAGAAAUUGAGAAAAUGUCUAUCCCCAUUGUCAGAGGCGACUGUUUUAUACUGCAUGAUCCAGGGCAUGCCUAGGAAAUUCAACUUGUAACGGAGAGAGAGAAAGAAUAUUAACUUGUUGCUUGUUGCUUGUUGUUUCGUACGACUGUAAGAGAUACGCAGUAGUAGUUUGUUUGUUGAAUCAGAGUACAUUGGGCACAAGGUUCACCCUAGUUUUUUCCAUAAGUAAGGACUCAGUAAAGACAUAAGGAGUGAAAAUCAUUGUGAAGGGAAUAAACUUCAUUAAAUGUAUGCUAAUUUGUAUUUGCUACGCACAUGCCUCUAGCUGGCAUCGAAUCCGUUGACAGUGUAUGUAUAUGUGUUAAGUUUGCGAAAUUAUAACGUUGUUGAGUGCGACUCAUGUUCUUUAUUUGUAUUUAUGAUUUAUCACUUUCUGCUUAACUGUCUUUUCUAGCAAAGACCCCACACACGAUUUUCUUGUGCCCCCAUACACUUCGCUUGCAUGAGUAGGAUAAUCAGUAGGAGUGUUUGGUGGCGCAUGGAUGCACCCUGGUGGUAUGCUUAACUGGAUACCCCCACGCUGCACAUUCUUUAAUUACAGGGCAAAAUGCCAAAACGGAAAAUACUGUUGUAUGAAGAGUCAGCUAUGGAAGCUACUCUUAAAGAUGUAGCAAAUGGUUUGAGUAUAAAACGAGCAGCGGAAAAAUAUGGUGUGCCAAGAAACACAUUGUCCGAUAAACACAAAGGCAAAUCGCCCUUGGGUAGGAAGAUGGGCCCAGAUUCAUUUUUAACAAAAGAGGAAGAGGGUUUGUUAGUGGAAUGGGCAGUUACACUUGCUAAAGCAGAUUUUCCUGUCACAAGAGAGGACUUGCAGAACAGUGUUCAGCAACUAGUGAAGGAACUGAAACGAGACUUUCCUUUUAAAGGAGGCCGCCCAGGAAGGAAAUGUUGUGAUUCUUUUAUCAACAGAAAUCCUACCCUCUCAUUACGAACGCCCCAAAAUUUAACAGCAAGUCGGGCGAGUGUUUCCCAUGAAAAUAUAAAGGCUUGGUUUCAGGAGGUUGACAGUUAUGUGAAUGAAAAUGGGCUGCAAACAUUAUUGUUAGACACAAACAGAAUUUUUAAUGCAGAUGAGACAGCAUUUUUUCUAAAUCCAAAAGGCAGCAAGGUUUUGGCUCAAAAGGGUGACAAAAGUAUCUACCAGCAAGUAAAUACAGAUGAGAAGGAAUGCCUCACCGUUUUGAUCACCGGAAAUGCAGCAGGAAAAGUAUGCCCCCCUCUAGUUUGUUUCAAGUAUGAACGUCUUCCUCAAGACAUUGUUUCCUCAAUGCCUGCACAUUGGGGCAUUCGGAAAUCUCCCAAUGGAUGGAUGACGGGAGAGGUGAUUUUUGAAUACAUGAGCAACAUAUUUUACCCAUGGCUGGUAGAGGAAAAUAUUGUUUUGCCAGUUUUAUUUUUCAUUGAAGGACACUCAUCGCACCUGACUCUACACACUAGUAAAUUUUGUGCAGAACACGGUAUUGUUUGUGUAGCAUUAUUGCCCAAUUCCACACACAUUCUUCAACCAAUGGAUGUUGGUGUCUUUAAACCUUUGAAGAGUGGGUGGAAGAAAGCAGUUCACGAAUGGAGAAUAGAAAGAAUCUCAAACAACGAAGACACAACUCUUAAUAAUAAAGACUUUGCGAAAUUGCUAGACGACACCAUCAACAAAUGCAUACAGCCAAAACACUUGGAAAGUGCUUUUCGAGCAUGUGGGCUGUUUCCAUGGGAUGUGUCAGCAAUUGAUGUCACUAAGGUGAUUCCAAAAGCAUCACAGUUGGAAUCUACUAGUUCAGUUUCACAGCACCUAGAAACUUUCCUAGGAGCAGAGAAAUUACAUGAGUUUAAAUAAACUGAAGAUGUCUGGC